UAUUAAUUUAAAUAUUUAUAUUUAAUGUUAUAUUUAUUGUUUUAGGUUUUUUUGUCAGUUCAAAGGUCCUUCAAAAAUUCACAAAAUGUCCGAUUGUAAGGAAUAUGAUGAUUUAUUUCCUCGAAGUGUAAAUGAAGCUGUACGCAAUUUCCGAUUAAAAGAAGACUUUUCACUUGCUUCCGCAUUACAAGAGCACGAAUAUACGGUGGCUCGAGAAGAAAAUCGAAUUAAAAAUUCAUUGCUACGAAUCGAUUAUCCGAAAGCUCUUGACGAACAACAGAAAGAAAAUGAAAAUGCUCAGCUUGAAGAACAAAAGAAAAAAUCUUUAGAACGACGAAGACAAAAAAUUGAUGAAGAGAUAGCUCGAGAACUGGCGCAACAACUAAGACAUGAAAGAAAAUACAAAGAAAAGAAGAAAAAUGAUGUACAGCAUACAUUACACUUAGAACAGCAUACUCCGAUAAAGAUCAAACAAGAGCAUAAUUUUAUAAGAGACAUCAAAUAUGGCAACUCAUCUGAAAAAGAGAUACAAGAUAAACACACAGCUCUUGAAGCUUUAAGAUUGUUAGAUUGCGAUGUUGCAGAUGCACUUAAGAAACUCGAACAAGAACAAAGUGAUCAAGAGUUGGCUUGGAAAAUACAGAAUUUAGAGAUAUCUCCCAAUUUAACACAAGAAAAUAUUGAUAUGAAAUUAGCAUUAGAGGCACAAGACGAAGAAGUUGCACGAAUGUUAUACAGCAGAGAGAAAGCUAAGUUAAAGAAAGCUCGAGAAAAGGCUCGAUUAAAAAAAGAAAAAAAUAAGCAAAGCCAAGAUUUGAUUUACCACGAUAAUUCUGAAAAGGGAACAAGUCUAACGACAGAUACAUACAACUUUACCAAAAAGGACAACGUCACUGAUGAAAAUAUUUAUUUAGAUCCAUUUGACAUUAAGGACUCUUCAGCAUGUAUGUCUGAAGUCACCUCUGAAAAAAACGAUUCAGGUGCAGACCCAAACAUUUUAUUUACAAAAGUAAAUCAUACAACCAAAAAAGAUGAUGAUAUUCCGCCAUACAUGCCAAUUCAAGGAAGUCGGAGACAACAAACUGAAAUACCAAGAAAAAAAAAGGACAAAUGCUCGCAACAAUGACAAAUUUGUGUACCGAU